AUGGAGGAGCCGGAGUCAGGUGCCAGGUCCACAGCCAAACGGAAGCUCCCCGUCAGAUCGAGAUCCGGAUGCUUGACCUGCCGGACCAAACACCUGAAAUGUGAUGAAGCGAAACCAGAAUGCCAAGUUUGUAUAUCGCGAGGUGUUCAGUGUGGAGGAUAUCAGCGCGGUUUGAGAUGGUCUACCAAACAUGAAAAACCAGCUGAACUCGCUGAGCAUACGUUCCGGACAUCACCAAAGCAAUCCUGCGGCACCAAGAAGCGUCGCGGUAGACCGCCAAAACGACAACUAGAUACUGCGUCUACCGCAUCGUUCACUACUGCUGGUUCGGUCUACAGCUCUAACGAUGCGAACCAGGGAGUUUUUGGUGAAUUUAUGCUCAACACACAGCCUUUGGAGGCUCAACAAGAUGCACAGCCUGCGGAAUCUGAAAUGAGCCCAACGAAUGAUUUCAUAUCUCAAUUCCCCCUCGAUCUUCCAGUUGAAGGCCUCCCGAUGUCAGAGUUUGAAUGGACGCCAGACACGCUGGAUCUAGCGACACCGACAUUUGACAAUUUUUCCGAUACGAGCACCGACCUUGCUCUUUUCCCAGUUCAGCAAAACUUCUCAACAUUAUUCGUUCCUCCACCAAUAACAGACCUCUCAACUCAACUCGUUGAAUACUGGUUUCGCGAUAUCUGCUCUUUAUGGUCGCAAUAUGACUCGCCGACAAACUCGAAUCGUAUGCUAGCAACAACUCUUUGGUCGACUUCGGAAGCUGUAUCGACUAGUUUGCAGAGCAUGUCAUCGGCGUAUCUCUCAUCCAAGAUGCCGCAUAUGAAGAAGACUUCUAUCGCUAUGAUGAAGAAUGCUACGGAUGUUAUCGAGGCGGAAUUACGUGUCGUAAAAUCAUCGCCAAACCUGGAUACUGUGCCUAUGGGUCUGAUAUAUGGGUUGUUUUGUAUAGGCACGAGCAUUUGCUGGUUGAACGCAACACAGUUAGACACAAACCCAUAUAUAACAUACGAGGCCGAAGAAGUAGAGGAUAUCAGUGCAGACGAAUAUCCAACGGCUCUACCAACCGAACCUGUCGUCGAUGACAUGCCGCAUCCUUGGACGGGUGUUUCAAACACAGUAUCGCGACUUCUGACGCAGACACUGAGACUCUGCCGUAAUUACAGAUAUCACGUUAAACAUCCUGGACCUUUUGCGACGCGCGAUCACGCCACUGCACUAAACAUGAUCGAAGAGGCCAAAACAUUAGAAGAAAAGCUUUUAGGUCUGGACUUUGAGUCGGCGCCUGCGAAUACCGAGACGGGAGAUCAGAAAACACCGUGUCGUCAUCUAGUCAACGUCGCUGAGGCGUAUCGCCUCGCUGGUCUUAUACACAUCUACCAAACAUUCCCGGAGCUAGUUCUUCUGAGAUUACCUGAUAACCUCUCCGGUCCAGCAGAUGCACAUAUCCCAUGGGAGGAAUGCAUCACACCACUAAGUCUCCGUCUAACUAAACUCAUCGAGCAACUCCCUGCCGACUCGGGUAGUAAAAUGACCCAACCCCUGCUCUGCAUCACCGCCAGCACCGGUCUACGCUUUGAGCCCUCUGAUACAGCCUCCAGCCCCGAAACCCAAGCCCCUCUCGCGACACCAACGCCUUUCGACCUCGGUAGCACAGAGCAUUGCGGGUUAUCAGAUUACAUAGGACAACUCAUCCAGGCAGACGAAGAUAUCGAGCGGUUAUCUACAACUACUGCUACGGAGUCGCGAAUGAAGAUUGUUGAGGCAAGAUGUUUUAUCGUCAGGAGGCUCGAUGCGUUGGAGGCGCUGCUGCCACCGAGGCCGAUUGUUGUAGCGAAGACGCUGGUACAGACGAUUUGGAAUGAGUAUGAUAAGGAGAAGUCGGGUGCUGCGAGUGUGCAUUGGAUUGAUGUCAUGGAGGAGAAUAAUUUGCGGUCAUUGUUUGGAUAG